AUGGGCGCGUACAAGUUCGUGUCGGAGCUAUGGAGGAGGAAGCAGUCCGACGUGAUGAGGUUCGUGCAGCGCGUGCGUUGCUGGGAGUACAGACAGCAGCCCGCCAUCGUCCGCAUCACCAGGCCCACCCGCCCCGACAGGGCACGCCGUCUCGGCUUCAAGGCCAAGCAGGGGUAUGUGGUCUACCGUAUCCGUGUGAGACGUGGUGGCAGGAAGCGCCCAGUGCCCAAGGGUAUUGUUUAUGGCAAGCCCAAGCACCAGGGUAUUACCCAACUUAAGUUCCAGAGGAACAAGAGGUCUGUUGCGGAGGAAAGAGCUGGGCGCAGGCUUGGUGGCCUUCGUGUACUCAACUCCUACUGGGUGAAUGAGGACUCCACCUACAAGUACUUUGAGGUCAUCCUUGUUGAUGUUGCUCACAGCGCUGUCCGCAAUGAUCCAAGGAUCAACUGGCUCUGCAAGCCUGUGCACAAGCACCGUGAGCUGCGUGGUCUCACCUCUGCAGGAAAGAAAUUCCGUGGUCUGCGUGGCAAGGGUCACCGCCACCACAAGAACAGGCCCUCAAGGAGAGCCACCUGGAAGAGGAACCAGACCGUGUCCCUCCGCCGCUACCGUUAA